AUGACUGAGAAACGAGAACUUGAACCAGACCAAGCCACAACGUCCGUCGAUCUCAGAAUCAACGGCGGAGAAGAAUCCGACUCAGAAGAGCCCGCCGGCCCAUCCCAAGCUCUCAUGCUCGCGCCCAAGGACGAGCGGGACGUAGCUAUGCCUGUGGCGGUGCACGCGCCGAAGAGAGCGUCGACGAAGGACCGGCACACGAAAGUGGAGGGACGGGGCCGGAGGAUCCGAAUGCCCGCCACGUGCGCGGCUCGGAUCUUCCAGCUGACCCGGGAGCUAGGGCACAAGUCCGACGGCGAGACCAUCCGGUGGCUCUUGGAGCACGCCGAGCCGGCCAUCAUCGCCGCCACCGGCACCGGAACCGUGCCUGCGAUCGCGAUGUCCGUGAAUGGGGCGCUCAAAAUCCCCACGUCCGCUCCAGACCCGAGACCCGGCGAGGAGCCGCCCGACAAGAAAAAGCGCAAGCGGAACUCAAACAGCGAGUACGUGGACUUGAACGACGGCGUUUCGGCUUCGGCGGGUUUAGCCCCUUUAACAACGGAACGACAUCACCAACAGCCACCGACAGCAGCGGUGCAAGCGGUGGUACCUCAAGGCGUGCUCCCCAUGUGGGCCAUACCGUCAAACGGCGUCGUUCCCGGAGCUUUCUUCAUGGUCCCUUCCGCUUCGACCCAGCCUCACAUAUUUACAUUUCCAACCACCGUUGCCGCCGCUCCGUUUAUCAACAUUUCGGCCCGACCCAUAUCCUCUUUCGUGGGCCCCAGUUCGGCUUCUGCAACGACCCAUAUGGCCGCUUCCACUGCCCCUCAGACGCUCAGAGACUUCUCUUUGGAAAUUUACGACAAGAAGGAGCUUCAAUUCAUGUCUGGCUCUUCAAACCAUUGA